CACUGUACACUUCACACAUGUGUAGGUAGCUCUGCUAUCCCCAUCACACGUGAGUCAUCACCUUUAGCCCAUUCUCAGUAAAACCCCUCAGCAUGCUGUUGCUCUGUAGCCGAGUGCCUAGCCUUCUGCACAGACCGUGAUAACUUUGUAGUGUUAUCAGCCACUUGGGGACGUUGAUACAUAUGUCACCCUCAUGGUUCACAUCUUCCUUUCCACCACGAUUUUGCUUUGCAUAUAGCUGUCUAUUAGGUUGAUUCUAGCAGGUUUUGAACAAUGCAAAGCCAUGAAGUAAACUAAACUAAACUAAACUCACUUUUCUUGCUUGGUUUGCCCUCCAGAUUUGUUUGGCUUUACACAGGCAAUGCUCCCAAAGACUGUAUGGUAAUUCCUGGUGGCCAGAAGAGGAGGCACAUUGUGGUCAGUACAGAAAAGGAACAAGAGCAAGAGGGCAAGAGCUUCCUACUGCCUCUCCUGCAGAGGUACCAAGUGAGUGGCCUGUCUGCACCCAAGCAGAGUACUGGUUUUCAGAAAGUAAGUGAGGCUGAGAGACACCUCAAGGCGCUUGGAGAGGAGGAAGAGGACUGGUGCCAGCAUGGAUAAGGACAGCACAAACCUGGCUGACCAGCAGUAUGAAUGUGUGGCUGAGAUUGGGGAAGGAGCCUAUGGGAAGGUGUUCAAAGCCCGAGACUUGAAGAACGGAGGUCGCUUUGUUGCGCUGAAGCGGGUACGGGUGCAGACCAGCGAGGAGGGGAUGCCGCUGUCCACUAUCCGAGAGGUGGCAGUUUUGAGGCACCUGGAGACAUUUGAACACCCCAACGUGGUCAGAUUGUUUGAUGUGUGCACCGUGUCACGAACAGACAGAGAGACCAAGCUAACAUUAGUGUUUGAACAUGUGGAUCAAGACUUGACUACUUACUUGGAUAAAGUUCCAGAGCCUGGAGUGCCUACUGAAACUAUAAAGGAUAUGAUGCUUCAGCUGUUUCGGGGACUGGAUUUUCUGCAUUCUCAUCGUGUAGUGCAUCGGGAUCUGAAACCCCAAAAUAUCCUUGUAACUAGCAAUGGGCAGAUAAAGCUAGCUGACUUUGGCCUUGCACGAAUCUACAGUUUUCAGAUGGCUCUUACCUCAGUGGUUGUUACUUUGUGGUAUAGAGCUCCUGAAGUCUUACUUCAGUCCAGUUAUGCAACAGCAGUUGAUCUUUGGAGUGUUGGCUGCAUAUUUGCAGAAAUGUUCCGUCGAAAACCACUCUUCCGUGGAAAUUCAGAUGUUGAUCAACUAGGAAAAAUCUUUGAUGUAAUUGGACUCCCAGAGGAAGAGGACUGGCCUAAUGAUGUUGCCCUUCCAAGAAAUGCUUUUACUUCCAGACCCGCACAACCUAUUGAAAAAUUUGUACCAGAUAUUGAUGAAGUAGGCAAAGACUUGCUUCUUAAAUGCUUAGCGUUCAACCCAGCCAAGAGAAUAUCUGCAUAUGUUGCCCUUUCUCACCCGUAUUUCCAUGAUCUGGAGAAAUUCAAGGAGAAUCUGGACUGCCAUGUGCCAUCCAGCCAAAACUCCAGUGAGGUGAAUGCAUCAUAAGUGCUGACUGAAGAUGAACGAUAAAUGAACAAGACAUGUAGCUGACAAGGCCACUGUCCCAUACAAACCACGUAGCUGUCCUAGCAAGAUUGUUAUUUGGAGGUUUUAUGCACUUACCUUUUAUUUUGGGAUUGUGAUGUGCUUAUCCAUGGAAUUCAAUCUAGUUUACUUUUAUCAGAGCAAUGCAAGGGCCAGGGCUUUGACCUGCUCCUGUUGCAGCUUUAUGUUUAUUUUGUUUUUGUUUUGUUUAUCUACCUGGGAAAACUCCAGAUGAAGAGAAGCUGCUGACCAGUUUUGCUGCCAUUUUAUCCUUCUGAUAUUGAAUGCUGCCAGUGUUUGAUGAUUGAGUCACUGCCAAAAUAUGAUGCAAUCUCUCUCUCUGUAGCUGCUGACGCAUGAUUUGGUACUUUAUUAUUGUUAUUAUUCUGUGAUAUUUAAAGAAUGGCAAUGAAAUACCAGAUCUCUGCAACCUGCAGUUAACUGAGACAUGUUAAUACAGCCAGCUACUGUUCAUCCAUAGCAUAUAUGCAGGUGCUUCCCCACUUGAAAAUUUGGAUGAAUUAAUUUAUCAUUUCGUUGUUCUAUAAAAAGAACAGUGAUUAUGAUGAUGAUGAUCAUAAGAAAUGUCUCAGCUUUUAGGUUUUUUCAUACACAAACAAGUUAUUAUCUAGCUGUGUUUGUGUGCAUGUUUCAAAAAAAUUGUCCUGUUCUUACUGCUUCAAUUUCCAAAUGGUCUUUCUGUGUUGAAAUGCAGACACGUUCUAGUCCAUCGUCUAACCCAUCGUUCCCCUCUGGAAACAGCUGCAAGCAUAUUUUCUUCAUCUCAUUCCAAAUAAUUUUUAAUGUCUAGCUCAAAGACAUGAGCAGAGCCAAUGAAAAUCAAUACAGAUUUUCACCUUCAACCUAUUCUCAUUGUCAGCCAAAAACAAAAAUAGAAAAAAUAUUUCUGGUUCAGAAGCAGAGAAUUCUAUACCUGUAAUUAGCACAGAGAAGUAUUUGUGCUGCAUUGUACUCUAUACUGUGCUGCCUUACCUGCAACACCCCCCAAUACAUCACAAAUGCAUGAACAAUAAUGCUCAAAAUCCCUCACAUGUCACUUAAUAAGCAGGCUUGUUUUCUAUGCAGAAACGCAUGACCUUCUCUCCUAAACCACCAUGUGGGGUUACUAGCACAUGCCUCUCCACUAAGGUUAAUGUGCCAUUAUUGAAUGUCAAAAUAACUAAGCAAUUUACUUUUCUUUAUAGCACAGUUAUUUUAAAUAUUACCUGAAAUUUUUAUAUUUAGUAUUUUUACCUUAACUAAAAUAUAUUUUCAGUAUUUUGAAAAGAAACUUUUAUUUUUUUAAUACUGUACUGGGGAAAAAGAAAUCUUUUAAAUCCACAGAAGCUGUUCCCUAGCAUGACUUCAGUGCAUUUACCUGGACGUGACUUGGGGAAAAAUACUAGUCCAAUGAGUAUAACUGAUGCUAAGUGAGGCAGCCAGCUUUGCUUACUCCUGUGACAGUCCCUUAGGCUUCUCUCUUCCUCGUCUCUAUUUCAACUUGUCUAGGUGGUGAGCCAGCAUUGUAUCCUUGUCCACGGCAUGCUUGGCAGAAGCAGGUGUGAGUGAGUUGGGCAAUAAAACUUUUCCAGUUGUGACAGGGGAACUUGUCACAUCUGCCAUUUCACGGGCAGGUCUCUCGCUCCUGUGGCAAACGUCACUGUUAACUCCGUUUCAGGUAUCUGCUGCACUGUCUGGGUCAUGGUCCACUGCUAGGAUAGUAAGUGGAUCUUACCUGUCUCCUGGAUAAAGCUUUUUGUUACUGUUAGACAUUUAACUUUGUGAUAUAUGGUUAAAUUAGGUCUACUUUAAACGAGCCAGAUGUUAAAAGGACCACUUGCAUGCUUGCAUGCAGUGGCCUGUGCUUUUCUUUAAGCCCAGAAUGAGCCUAUGCAAAACUUAACCAGCAUGAACAGGCAAGUUGCAAAUUAGGCCUGGCAAAAGCAUACACAAAGCAGCUGCACACAGAGAUAUCACAGAUCCGUAACAUCAGAAUUUCGGAAGCUCUGUGAGCAGGAAGCUGAAGGCCAGGGAGCAGUCACAGCAGCAAACCUUCUAAUCUUGGCCUUGCCUUUAUCAUUCCCUUUGUUCCUACACCCAACUGCAGACCCACUGCACUGGUGUUGUCCCAGCCCUAUUCCUGCAUGCGUUAGUGGACCCAAGUGUGAAUCAUUUUUAACAUUUACAGAGAAGGAUGGGCCAGAAUGAAAGUUUUGCUAACCAUUUUCAAACACUAAGUAGAACCACAAACAGAGACAAAAGUCAGGAGACUAUUGCAACAGUAGAAUUAGAAAAGUUUUUUACAGAGUUUAGCACUUUUGAAAACAUUCCACAUUUCAGCUAGCGCGGAGCUGUCUGUCACACAUACCUUAUCAGUGCAUUCAGCUGGUGUGUCAGGGAGCUCUCCCAGAGCUCUCCACCAACUAACACAGGGUGAAAAUAUAAGAGGAGGAGAUGAUACUUUCCAAAUUAGGCUUAAAACUCGCAGAUAAAAAUGUGCAUCUGUUCCAUGUAAGAAUCUGUUCUAUUAAGCUUAGCAAAGCUAAAGAAUAGAGAAUAUGAGAAUGUAGAUACAUUACUCGGGUAAAAACAGAAAGGAGGAAAGGGAAUACUUUGAGCCAAAGGUUGGCCCAAAAACUAAUGAGAAGGUGGAAAUCACCGGUAAUUUAGCUACUGGAGCAGUAUUUCCCAGUCGUAGUAUCAAAGAGCUAAGCAAGCAGCAGAGAAAAACAGGGACUGGCUUAUGGAGUCAGAAGCAGAGCUUCUGCAACAUGGUGCUGUAUGUUGUCUAAUAUAGUAGGAUCAGGUUAUAAAUGAGAGUAUUCAGGAGAAAAGUUUGCAAAGGGCUGCAUUAAUGGUCACAUUCUGGAACAUCUUUCCAGUGGGAAUGGCAGGAACAAAACCAAGAAAUCGAAGAAUCUUGGCAGGGUUAGGGAAAAUAUUUCUCUAAUGGGGUCCUUGUGGUAGCAAGGGCCUGGAUUCAAAGGACCAAGAAUUUUUCAAAUUACCUCCUUUUCCAAAUCUCUUCAGGAAGGAAUUCCAUUUGACAUGCCAUAGGCUUAAUCAUACUCCAGUCUUUCCUGCCAAACCAUGUGGGGCUUCACUUACAUUAGUAAACUGAGAAAGCCUGUUCUCUGGCUGGGCAAAGCACUGUUGCUAAUACCAUGCCUGGAAUCAUAUUUAUAAUUAGAUAGCACAGACAGCUAUGGGACUGUGCUCAAAUCCAUGCCCUUGCUCUCCUUGUAUUACUGGUAUAGUUCUAAUAUUUUAGCACCUUUACUCAUUACUGCCGUAUGUGUAGGAUGUAGGAAUUGCAUGAGUGAAAAAGAAAGUGCUGUGAUGAAAACUCUUUGUACACCUUUAAAUAAGACUUCAGAGAGCAAUUCUUCUCAGUGAUAUCUAAGCCUGUAUGUGUUCUCUUCUACAGGAGUGGUUCAACAGCAACUAAAAAAUGCUGAAUAACAAAAGAUGUAUUAAGUAUAGCUCCUAGAACACCCACAGCCUGGCACUGUGCUCUUCUCAGCAGAGAACAGGGUGUUCUAAGUAAUGAAAGAGGAAAAUUCUAUCUCCCACCAACCUUUUCUUUUUUUUUCUUAGUCACUACUACAUAAUUCUGCAGAAAAAACUAGACCAAAUAGCCAAGGAAAAAAAUGACCACAGCCAGCUAGUGAAGUGUUAAUAGCAAUCCAUCUGGUGCAGCCCUUUUCUCUUCCCCCGUCCAUGCUCACACCAGCCUUCCCAUUUGUAUCCUUCAUGUAAACAGGUUUCAGUGAUGCUCACAGGUGCUAUUUCCAGCAAGAUUCUUCCAAAUUUUCCAUACCUACACAGUGUCAAUGUCCCCUCCAUUCCCAUUACUAAAUGUUGCUUCUUUCUGUCCCACAGCCUAAACCAGUGAUGAGACAAGAAUUUUGUGCACCUUCUUGCUUAGGUGUAGUUUUGCGCAGCCCUGUGUUGCCUUCCAUGUGGUUAGUAAAAUUCUAAAAGUAGGAUUUGUGCAUAUUUCUAUUAGGCUGUGCCCACACUCCAGGUUUCUUUCAGCUAUUAGUCCACAAUGAUCAAUAAUAGAGUAUCUUUUCCUGUUGUUUCUGUCCUAAAACACACCAAAAAAAUGAGGGUGUCAUGUUUGCAAACAAAUUAAAUUUAGGACUAUGUGUACAGAGCCUUUUUAAUGAAAGGUAUCACUAAAUUGCAGCAUUUGAACAUCUUAUGCAUGGGGGAGGGUUUCCAGCAUGGUAACUCUUAUUUGGUUUUCAUACUCAGUGGUUGUUUUGGUGAAUAAGAAGAAAAUAUUGUGCCUUGCUGCUUUUCACAGGUUAACUCACUGUCUUUGAGAAGCGUGGUUUUUUUAUACAUAUAAUUCUUUCUGCUGUUAGGUAUUAGACCAACUUUAAUAUGGAAAAUAAAGAGAAAACACGCUGUUUUGGUCUUUUAGUCAGCAAACUUGGAGCACUUACCUGACUCACAACUGAAGACACAUCAGUUGUCAAAUACAUAUACAAAAUCAGAAACCACACCGUUUGGUUUAGAAGGCCACAUAAAUUAUGUUCCACGUAAAAGACACAAUGAAGAAGUGUAUUCUAAGAACUCUGUUUCAUAGAACCACUUGGCUAGUAUUUUUCAUAUAUAGUAGGUUCAGGAAUAGAUUGACUUUUAUAUACAAUGUGAAUUAGAAGAUACUAGGCUAUUUGAGUGAUUUUGUUGUUUUAUGCUUGAAGCUUGAAUUGAUUGCAAGCUUAGGAGCCUAACAUAUUUAUUUUAUUGCUUCAAAACUGCUUCUAAAUAUCAAGAUAUUUUUUGAUGUUAACAGGAUUUCACACUUUUUUAAUGUGUAAAUUAUUUUCUUGAAAUUAGUGUGUUAGAAAAAGCAUUUUUCCAAGCUGCAUUAGUGGAGGAAAAUUUUAAAAAUAUAUUUUUACUUUCAUAGAGAGGUGAACUCUUCAAUAACUGACUAUCAAUAAGCUGUACUUUUACUUCCUUUUGAUUACUAAGCUUUGAGUAUACAGGUUACUUUCAAUGAAGAAAAAAAUCAGAAACAAUCUCUAGAAAAUUAAAUGGGAUUUUAUGUUUAAGCUUCCAAGUUGUAUUUUCACAUCCAUUUUUUGGUGCAAGUACAGUUCAGAUGUACAAAAACAUGACUACAAUUUUAACAGUCUAACAGGCUGUAUGACUCAAAUUGAGGUUUUAUUUGUGAGCUGUUUAUUUUAUUAUCUGUCUGUGUCUUGCAAAUUAUUAGAUAAUGGCUGUAAUAUAAUUCUAGUUUCUGGACUAGACUCUGUAACCAUCAAAUCUCAGUAAUUUAUGUAAAACAGAAAGAAGCUUUCUCAUCGAUUUUAUUUAACUAGUCCAUUAAAAGAAGAAAGAUGUAGACAUAUGAACUGACAAAUAUACUUUUGCCAAGUGUGUUUUCUUCCCUUUAGUUUGAAGCUUAGCAAGUAUUGCAUACUGAUAUGCAGCACAUAUACAAUGUAAGAACCAUAAAGACCACUUAAGAGUAGUGUGCACAAAUAAUAUGAAAAAUGGCUCAUUAGACUCUCGGAGAAACCAGCUGAAAAUCAUUACUUUAGCUGUAACACUCAACAUCUUGAAACUCAUAUUUUUUCAUUAAAAAGUAUUCCUGAAAAAUUAUGUGUAUGUUUUUAAUUCAGUGAUAGGCACCCAAACAGAACUGAAUCAAGUGGGAACUUGUUCUCAAAACUGAUUUUUUCAGGCUGAGUAGAUACCCUCAGUUCUUCAUGUACUCAUCAGAAACUAAAAUUAACCAGCACCAUUCUUAGAUGAGCCUUUCGGUUUCUGAAAAACCCAAGGCUGCUGUGAGUAAAGUUAGUGGAAAAUUUGCUUUUACUUAAAAGUCCUGUGGAAGCUUCUGCAAUGUUCAGUUUUCCAGCCUUCACUAAAAGACUGUGCAAAACAGCAAAGAUGAAUCAAAACUCCUUAACCAAAUGGUCUUUUUCCCUUAAUGUUACAUAUUUUAAUCUGGUUUGGGAUAUAUUGAUGGGUUUUAUCAGGCCCGGUGUUAAUGAGACUUUUGCAAGGCUAGAGAAAGUAAAAAGAACUUCUACUAUAGUAUUUUGAUUGUUGGUGAUGGUAGUAGAGCAGAUUUUUUUUUGUUUCCAGAGAAAGGGUCAGACAAAAUAUACUGCCGUCAAAAAAAUGAAAAAAAAAGCACCCACAAACGUCUGACACUUGAUAAAGAUUAGAAAAGAGAUUUUUAAUGAGCUGUUUGGAAAAUAUUGUCUGGAUGAGUGAAAAGAAGCAUUUUUUUGAUGUGAGAAAUGUAAAUGCAAACAACAUGUAUUAAAUAGGCAUUGAAACUGAUACUUUUUCUCUGACUUUGCAAAGUUGAUAGAGUUUUAUGAAAAAAAAUGCAUCCAAGUAUGUAUUUAUUCGAACUACCACUCAAAUGUUCAUGUGCACUAAAGCAUCGUGUACUGUUUGAAAGGAGAUGGGUAAACACAUCAUGUUAAGAUUUACUUUGGUGUCUACAAGGAUAUGCUGUAAAGCUCUCAAGCUAACUGUCCAUUUUUGAGCAAGCCAAAUUCACAUUCACACUACUAGCUUUCUGCAUCUAAAACCCAUCCACGUGCCUGAAAAAACCCCACAUUUUCUAGUGUUUACAUGGAUAGUUGCUCACAUUGACAUGCUCAUGUUAAAUCCAGACAGAGGACAGUGUCUGCCACUGAAUGGAAAAUGAAUUUUCACAGACUGACAGAUUCCUUUGUACAAUUACUCCUAAAGGGUUUGAAAUCAGUGUUCAGUGAUAUGGAGCCCUACAUUUUAUUCCAUGUUUCACACGUACAUCAUGUUAUGCUAGUUCUCAGCCUUUUUUAAAAAAAGUAAAACCCCAGUUCUUUAAUGUUAGGAUUAAUUUUGAGUAGCUAGAUGAAGGAGGAAAAUCGUGAUGUGAUGGAAAGAGAAAAAACAGGCAGAGAGUAGGAGAGUUGGCAAGUGAGUUUGACUUCGUGGAAAAGUUACAUAUAAACAUAGGGGGAAGACUUCUUUCCAGUUGUUUUGUUUCCUCCUGUCAUACAAGAUGAUAAAGCAAGACUCAUGAACAGGAUUUUGGUUCCAGAUACUUAUGCCAACUCGAGUCGUGAGUUCCAGUGCACUUUUUCAACAUAGCAACAGCUCUAUUUUUUAAAUUUUGCACAAGCUAGGGCUUUUUCUGGGUAAACAUGAAAAAAAGUCUUAUGAGAGAGCUUGACAGCAAACUAAGCUGUCCACAGAGACAUUGCCUGUAGUUCAGCUGCAGACAUUGGAGAAUGUAAAGCUCUGCUGCAGGAGAGCCACUGGCAGUGCCUAUUAGUGUGCAGUGUUGUGCAUUAGAAGAACUCCUGCUGCAAAUUGAAAAUCCUUUGGUCAUCCAAAAUGGCAUGGUUUUACAUACUUGGAUUUUGAUAAGGUUAUCCAUAUGCAAGUUUUGCUGGCUCAGUCCAGGUGGUUCACCAUCUUACAGGAGCAAGUCUGAGAGCUUAGCAAGUCUGUCCAACACCCAGUGUAAAUAAUAAUGCAAAAAUCAUCUGCCACGGAAAAAGAAAAGACUUUCUGUAGGUUGUAGAGUAGGAAUGAGCUUUCUGAGCUGCUCUGCCAACAAGAGCUACUGUUAACUAUUAUUAUGCCAGCUCAAAAAAAUGCAGAAUAGGAGGCCUGCAUGGCAUUUUGUUGUGUUCAGUCUAUGUGCAUGGGUGGCAGGGUAAGUGUUGGCACAGAGUGGCUAAUUUUAGUCCUUCCAUUAAGCAUGAGCAACUAGGCUUGGCACAGAGACAAACUUCAGACUUUCAGGGAUGGGAAAUCUCUACUUCUCUGCAGUAGUUCUCUGGCUCUUGUUAAAUACAUAUAAUGGUAGAUCACUCAGCUACUCAAGCAGUCCUUUCCUUAUUCCAGAUCAUCCUUCUGUGAUACUGUGAAGGAAGCCCUGACCAGUCUAUUCCCCAGCAGUUUUCCAGCUUUCCUGCUUCCUCUCACUGCAAUGGCAAUUACCUUUCAUUUGUAUCUGACCCUGCUGGUGCUUCCACUACAACUGAAGUAGCUGUGAGCUAAAUUACUGCCUUACUCUGCAACUUUCAGUCUUGGCCAGCCAGUGAUUUGUACUCUAGGUUUCCCUUGAUUCUCAUUAGGAACAGGGAAGUAGUACAGUAGAAUAUGGCUACUUUCACACUUUUUGGUUCAAGCCAAGCAAUGAGCUAGAGCAGACUAGAUUGAACAUAAUGUUCAGUUGAUCAGCCAAAACAACUUUGGAUUCAGAAGAUCAUCUACUAAGCACAGAAGAUCCCUGAACAACUGUCUGUGAUGCACGUUUUUACAAGAACACGCAGUGAUGCCCCUGUUACACAGAAGCUUUUGAUGGAUACAAGACUAGCAAUGCCAGCCUCCUACUGCUUACCCCGCUUCCCCUCGCCUUCCCCAAGAUCCCUGUUCCCAGGAAGAGGAUUCCUCCCAGCACAGUGUGGAGCAACUGUGAAACAGUCCCCAGCUCUCAAGAUAGGUUGUGUUCAUGUACGUAAGGGAUCUCAUUCCUUCCCUUUUGGCUAAGACAGCGUAAAGUACAGAGCAAGUACUAGGCACAAACAGACCUUAAAUGCCAAAAUAUUCUCCUGAGGAAAAGUCUUCCCUGCAUCUAAAGGGGACAUUUACUGUUUCUAUGAGAGCUGACUUUUACUUUUUGCAUUUUAAACAGCUGUGAUAUAAGAGCUCCCCUAAGAAAACUCUCCCUCUGCGCAAAAGGGAUGAUACUGAAUUCUGGACAUUUUGUGGGAAAGGACAAAAUGUUGUAUUCCAGGUGGAUUAUAUGUAUCUCAAGCAAUUAUCCUUCAUCUGUGGUUGAAUCCCCCAAACUGGGUUUAAAAUGUAGCCUGAGUCUGCAUGCUAGUUAAAUAAGUGUUUUUCUAGCAAAGCCAAAACCCACCAUGAUUUUUUGCAGGGACUUUUAUCUUGGAGUACCUUUCAAGAAAGGUGUCUGUAACCAUGAGUUGCACCUACAGGAAAAUGUGCAUCAGAAAUUGGAUGCUGGCAAGAAGUUUGUGGAUGUGAGGCUGUAGAAGGUGGCUUAUGUAAGCUCAGGGGGGAUGUGCUUGUGUGAAAGUAUUGGUUGCCAUGCACAUUUUGAACUGAAGUUACCUAUCAGUGCGUGAUAGAAGGACUGCAGCAUCAUGAGAUUAGAGUUUUUUUCUCUUUAGGUGACUAGCAACUCUGUGGUGUUCCAGCUUUGUUUUGUUCUGGUUUGAUUUAUUUCACUUCCCUACUGCCAUUUUCCUUUCUGUUGUGUGUAGUAAGUUGAAGAGCAUUACUUUAUAGUUUAUCAUCUCAGAAAGAGAGAAGGCCAGCACUGUCUGAAAAUUUUGAUCACAUUGUGGUGGUCAAUAUUAAGGGAAUCAUAGAAUAUGCUGAGUUGGAAAGGACUUACCAGGGUCAAUGAGUCCAACUCCAAGAAUCACACCAUGUGCCUAAGAGUGUUGUCCAAACACCACUUGAACUCUGCCUGAACCAGGCUUGGUGCUGUGACCACCUCCCUGGGGAGCCUGUUCCAGUGCCCAGUCACCCUGUGGGUGAAGAACCUUUUUCUGAUACCAACUUAAACCCUCCCUGACUCAGCUUCAAGUCCUGUCACUGGUCAUGAGAGUGAGGUUGUCUCCUUAGUUCCAACAAACAGAAUUCAACAUCCACAGCAUCUGCCUUCCAUUAAGCACUGUUAAAAACCUGUUAUUCUCCACAAUGUUCAAAAUCUCUUUGCCAAGAGAUUGAACUCCUUUCUUACAACCCAUUUGGAGUCACAGCAAUGUGAGCAAACGAAGUUUACAUUAUGAUGGUGCUUUUCAGUAAGAAAUGAGAGCCAGUUCCAGUUGCCACACAGACUGAAAGAGUCUCAAGGACUUUUAGCCAGGCACCAUUCAUUGGCAAGGUAGUCCCUUCUGCUAGGGCAAGAAACACAUUUUAAAACACUGAAGAUAAGGAAAAGAUAAAGGUGCCAUUUAUUUUUCCAGUGGAAUCUGUUUUCUGCACAAUGCUGUAUCAUUUUGGCACUGAAACCAAGCCCACAGAUGAACAUUAAUUAGUUGCUUGCAGUUUUUAAUUUCCUUGUAAAUUCUUUACAAGCAUUCAGAUUAAUCAUUUAAUUCAAAUUCAUUUAAAUUAAUCUGCCCUUGAAUAUCAUAUAGAUUUUAUUGUUAAUAUAAUAUUUUGCUGCAUGACUUUGAGCAGCUUUGAAAGUAUAAUGUCUUUGAAUGCUCUAGUUAAAGAAAAAUUAUACCCUCAAAAUGCUGUGUUACAAGUUGGAACUGUAUACUUUGGAAAUGAUGUUUAUAUUAUAAACCCCCAAAGGCAUCACAGGGUGCUUUCAUCCAUAUGUCUGUCUUCUACUUUCUGUGUUACAGUGUGUAUUUGUACUUCCUCACUAGCUUGAUACUCUUCAGUCUGAAGGUCUAUGUCUGCAAAGACACGAGUGCUGAGCAGUCUCACAGAGCAGAGAGGGCUUACUCAUGUGAGUGCAGCUGCUCACAGAGUGUUUGCAGAAAAAGGCUUUCCUUCAGUAACUGACUGUAAUUGUGAGGACACAUGGUUAAUAACAGCACCAAGACACCAGUAAAUGGAGUCUGUGUUUAUUGAAAAUGUUGACACAUUUAUCUUCAAGUUAUUUGACAUUAAUAUAAAUUAUUGCUAUUAUGAUUUAGUAUAUUAUUUUAUAUGAAAACACAUUAGUCCUGUGAAAGGGUAGUUGCAAAAAAAUGUGUUGAGUCUUGCUGCUUUAUUGUUUAUUUGCAUUUAGUACACAUUUUGGUUGUUGAAAUGAUGCUAGCUUCUUAGAGGCAGGAAGAUAGAUCAGUCUGAAAAAAUCGUAAGUGUCAUACUGUAAGAUAGAUCAGUCUGAAAAAAUCAUAAAUAAGCGUCAUACUGUGCAUUGAGUUUUGCAACUAGAGUAGUAUAUGUGUUCAGAUUUAGUAUUUUUUAUGCUUUAGAGCAUUUUUGUUUGUUUUAAUUUGUAAAGGAAUAACCAGAUUACUUUGAAAUGCUAUUGUAGAGCUAAUUUUACACAUAGUGGGGGGAUGUUGUCUGAAAAACUAAAAUUAGAAAACAUUACAUAGGCUGCCUUUGGCUUUAGUUUGUUUGUUUGUAGAAGGCCCAGCAGGUAUCUGUUGAUUCCAGGUGCUUAAGCCAGGGAAGAUUAAGUUUGUGCAGCAUCUUGUAACUGAAGAAAGUUUUCUGCAUUGAUAAAGUUGCCCAUCUGGGAUUGAAGUAAGAUUGCUGCCUAAAUAAAAGCAUAAAGGCAGCAAAUUUAGGUGGUGGUUUGUUGUGGGGGGUUUUUUUGUGCAUGGACAAUUGCAUAAAAUAGGGUUGGAGUUUCAAAGUAUUUUAAAUCAUUUAGUAUGAUUUACUCUUGUUGUUAUUCCACUGACUUCAGUUAAAUUAAACCAAGAAUUUGGCCUUGUAAGUCUCCAAAAUUUCAGUGUCGGGCAGCUCAGGUCUAUAUAAAGAUACUUAAGCGUAGUAAAUCUGCAAGAAUACUAUAUAAAUUGUAAUGUGUGAGAAAAAUCUUAACUCUAGUUACAUUAUUUCUCUAAAAAUUUCUAUUCAUUUCUUUUUUAUACAAAAGGUCAGAAUUGUACUUCUUAGUGGCAUUGGGAUAUGUGGAGAAAAGCGGGAUGCUGGUACAGAAAUGUAUCAGAAAUAAGAUUCAGUUCUUACUGCUCCAUGUGUGCCUACCUUACGCGUGACAAAUCCCACUGAAGUUAACAGAAGUCAUAUAAAGUUAAGCCUGUUUGUAACUCUCAAGAGAUACUGGGUUUAGAAUCUUCAAGAUAGGUUAUGUUCUCAAAAGGCAUUAUUAAACUCGUGGUUUCAGGUUUACAGAAUAGUAUGAACAGUGACGACAGCUUCCGAGACACAUCCAGAGUAGCUUUAUUAAUUGAUAUUACACCAGACCAACAUCCAUUAGCAAAUCUACAUCUUUCUCUGUACCUUCAUUUCUCAAUAUAAUUAAAAAAAAAAAAAACAGAAAAAGAAAAUUGAAACAGACUCUAAGCUGUUAGGAUUAUUUUUUUUCUCUCUUUUUUCACCUUUUUUUUGUCAUAAAAUAUCAUUUGCUCUGGAGUUGUCUCGGAUUUGAUAAUUCAAGGAAAGCAUGCAAAGCAGUUUGGAAUACAUUUCUUCAUUCACCUUAGGGCAUAUAUUCAGCUGGUGAAAAUCAGCAUAGUCCUGUUGACUUCUACAGCGUUGUAUGUCAGUCUAUACCAGUGCAACAGUUGGCAUGUCAGGUUUUAGCAUUUCAAGUCACUUUACCUACACAUGCAGUAGGAUUCUGUUUUGCAAGAUGGAAAGUUACCUACAGUGCAAACUGUACUACCUAAACUACCAUUGAUACCUAUUCACAGGACAUGAUUUCACUGUAUCAUUUCAUACUUGAAAUUCAUGAUGUUCUUCUAAUCAGGGUACAAACAUGAAAAGGUGCGUGUGUUACUGUUUCUUUUAAAGGUGCAUCAUUUUGUUUUUUAUUCUGUGUGCUUAAUAGUUACUAGUCAGUGUUCUUUACAUUCUUUGCAUUCAGCAUUAAAAUCACCUGUGUGUGAAAUACAGUAUCACCUGCAGAGGUACAGAAAAAUGUAACAGCGAUUUCUUGAAUUGUUACUCAAAUAUACUGGUUUACCUUUUAGUCAUCAAUAUGACAUCAAGGGGCUACAGCAUGUGAACUGUGGUAUAUAGAAAUCUUGCACCAUUGCUGUACAGGAAAUCUUGCAGACCCUCUCAUCUUCUUGCACAGCUGCUGAUUACCAUAUACACAUUGGGAAAAAGUAAGUUUCUGCUGUACAGAAUGGCUGGGAAGUAAUACAGACACUUUGGAAACUCUAGAGCUCCCUUUGCAAGCUUUCAAACAAAGCCCUUUGAUCUAACUGCAUGCCUGCUCUGUGUCCCAAAUUUCACCCUAUGGGGCUUUCUGCUAUAAGAACACCCUCAGCUGGGGCUACUUUACGUUGACUGCAUUGAAGUUCAUCGGAGCAUGCACCUUACCGUAUUAACAUAUUCUUUAGCUUUUACAAGUUUGUAAAGAUGGUUGACUGCAAAACUAAUGUGUCAAUACAGCAGAAUUAAAUUAAGGCACACAGAAAGUUAUCAAUAAUGUAUUAUAUCAGAAUUACAGUCCUUUGGAACUGAACGUUUUGCUGCUGGCAGUGCAAGAAAAGCAAAGUUGUGUAUUUAUUGUUGGGUGCUGAGGGUUCAGUAUGAAAAUCAAUAUAAUAAAAAUUUUCACAGUGUCUAGUUCUCUUUAGUUCCCAAAUUAUUGAAAAGUAAAAAGGCAGAAAAUUAGUUUUGUAUUUAAAACUGCUUCACCCUUCUAGCUAUAUUUUUCUUUUAUCUAAAAAUGUAAAAUGAAUACAAAUGCAGUAAGUAUUGUAUAAUAAAUACAGAAAAUUAGCAACA